GCCGGCUAUGUGCAGCUCAUCGAUCACCUGGCCGCCGGCGUCAAUGUAAUCCUUGAUGCGCCAGUUGAAGGCAUCGAGUGGUCUGACGGGUCAGCCUCCGCCGGCCAGCCCGCAGCGGUAGUCAGGUUGCGCGACGGCCGCGCCCUCGAAGCCGAUUUCUGCGUUUGCACCCUGCCACUGGGCGUCCUCAAGCGGGACCACGAAAGGCUCUUCCAACCACCGCUGCCGGACCGAAAGAAGCAAGCGAUUUGCAACCUGGGCGUCGGCGUCCUGGAGAAGGUGGCCUUGAGGUUUGAGCAUUGCUUUUGGGAAGGCAAGGCCAAGCAACUCCACUGCUUCUAUCGGGUCCCAACUGUUGAAGCACGGGCUACACCGGCGGCUUGCGAAGCGCCGUAUUGGCUCAGCCUUCGCCCCGUAACUGGAUCGAAUGUUCUGAUCGCCUAUUACGCCACUGAGACGGGGCGGAUCGUUGCAAAACUGAGCGAGGAGGAGGCGGUGAAGUCUGCGCUGGCUCUAUUGAAGUCUAUGUUCAAGCCCGAGGAGGUCGAUGCUGCGAAGCUCCUUGAGGUGAAGAGAACGGCGUGGAUUGAGGAUGAGUGGGCCUGCGGAGCCUACUCCUUUGUCGCAGUUGGAUCCAGCCCAGAGGAUCGGAGCGCCCUGGCUGCGCCGCUGGGCGCCCUCCACUUCGCUGGCGAGGCAACGGACCAGAG